AUGGCCGAACAUCAAUCGAUCGACGGUUCCUACACGCUCGUCCGCUACCGAAUGAUCCAGAAUCUGCUUUUUUGUAAGUGUUUCCUCCUCUAUUUUUGCGCUAAAAUCGAGAAAAUUGCAGCUGUGAUGCGAAAAACGCCGAAAUUCGCCUCAAAACCCAAAGAAUUGCUGCGGAUUUUCGCGAAAAAGUGUCAGAGUCGAAGGGAAAUGGAUAGGGACAGUUUGAAAGAGUUGUGGAAUGUGAUCGAGCGAAACGGAGGCUUUCCAAUGUUGGAUUCCACGUGGAAUGAGACGAAAUUCGAUUUGAGUGGUAAAAUUGGGUCGUAUCUUGCGAAUGAGCGAUUUUGAGCCAAACUGGUCAAGUGCACAGUUGUAGAGCUUGAAAUUUGCUACAAAUUUGCAGUUGACAACGUUUUGAAAUAAUCAUUGGUUCUCGAGAUAUAGGCCUUAACGCUGCUCCUCUAAAGUAUGCUAAAGUUCAUAUCAACAUGGUAUUAUUUUAUUGCCUUUUAUUUUAUUCUGCGCCUUUAAAUGACUACGAUACUUUUCAGUAUUGUGCACUUUUGGAUUUCAGUCCUAAAUUAGCUGAAUAACAAUUUAAAUGAAACUUGUCGGUUUCACACUAGUCUUAAGUGUUUGGGUGAAACUUUGAAAAAUUGAUCAAAAUUCAGAACGUUUGUUUUCGGUUUCACUUGCUCUAGAUAGUAGGAUUUUUAAGAAAUCUAUAUUAUUUAAUGUUCAGCUCUAAAUUGACCUAGAAAUGAGUUUGGGACGUUAUUUUUAAUACCCGAAUACUUUUCUCCUGAAAAUUUCGCUCAGAAAUGUUGUCCAAGUACAUCCAGUUGAACCGGCAACGCCUCGGCUUCCUAUCCGUGGAACCGUACACGAUCCGCAACGGACCACUCGUCACCAAUCGACUUUUCAUCUCGGCGGGACCGCAUUGGGAGUACAAGGAGCGAAUCUCGCUGAAAGGAUACCGAAUCGGAGUGGCGCAUGUGCGUUUUACGGACAUUUUUGACUAUAUAUAUUCUACUUUUGUCAGGUUGUAAAUCGACUUUUGAAGCUUCAAAAUGAGACUUUCAACCAAUCGAAGUUUGAUGUGGAAUACGAUAAACUCGUUGAACUGGACCAGAAGUUUACGGAGGCUCGUCAAUUUUGAGGGACCGUUUAUUGGUCUGAAAAUUUUUUGAGUAGAAACUAGCAACCUAGUACGUCAUUUUUCUAGUUUUCAACUUUCUCCUACCAGUGCUCCUUGAAGCCCUACAGUUCUUUGAAGUUAGGACUGCAAAACGUGUAUGCCAACUGCCAUGAGCUACAGUAGCCUUGAGAGAGUGGUGGUACGGUAAAAGUGUCAACUACAAAAAUGCUCGUUUUGAUGAGUACUGUAUUUUUGUAGUUGACAAGAUUUGCGUACCACCACUACUAAGACAACUAACUCUUUUUUGCAGCUGGCGGACUUUCGACGAGACAGCGACGAGGCGAAAAACAUGACGAUCAUCCGACCGCUUGAGGAUUUGAUCCGGGCGGUCCCUGAAGUUGAUUGGAUCCGAGUGUUGAGGGGAAUGCCACGUGGCGGCACUUCUGAAGAGCAAACGAAAAAGAUGUUGGCGCGGACCGAUGUGCACGGACAUCGCUACUUUUUCGGAAGCAACAGAGAGGUCUCUUACCACUUUUUGCAUCCGAUUUGUCAUCAUUUUCCAGCUGGCCCGUCUGGCGACACGAACUCCUCGGACCGUACUGGCCAACUACCUGGUGGUACGUCAGUUGGCCGACGUGGCGCUCUUCUUCCACGACCAGGACCAUCCGCACGCGCGCUUCUGGGGCAACGACAACAACGCGCAGUUUUGUGCCGAUGUACGAGUGGAUAUUGUCGAGAUGUCAAUGCGAUUUCAAAUUUCAGCAAUUCCUCACCUUUUUCCCGAUGAUCUCCAUGAACGUGCUCAUGGAGGCCGUCGAAUUUAAGCGCGAAAACUUUGAAAUCGCCGCCGAAAUGGUGGAAGAAGUGCGGCGGGAGUACGUGCGCACGUUCGAACACAGUCGCUACCUGAGCGAACACGUGAAACGGGCGGCAAUCAGAAAAUUGAAGGCGAUCCGCGUGAAUUUGGGCUAUCAGGAGUACUUGGAAGGAGCAAAAGGAGCAGCACUCGAGAGGCUUUAUGAGACGGUACGGUUUGAAGCGAUUUGACUUGAGCUGCCAGUGUAGAUAUCAAAAUUUAAUCAACUAUUCUGCAAACAUUUUGCGGGUUGACACUUUUUCGAUAUCUCGAUUUGAAUAAACGUUUCAGUUUUUUCAGUUUCAACGACUCUAUGUAAGAUCCAGAGUUGAGCGGAAGAGCUCAACGGAAGAACUCACGGAAGAAUUUUUAUCUUUUUUAGAAAAUUUUUUCAUGGAAUGUGAUCAACUGACGAAAUGUAUAGCAAAGUGAACUGUGCUCAUAGAAAAAUAAUUGUGAAUUUAGCUUUUCAUACAAAAAAGUUAGGGCUAACGGAAGAACAACGCGAAUAACUUUUUUGUUUGAAACGCUAAAUUUGCAAUUAUUUUUCUAUGAGCACAGUUCACUUUGCUCUACAUUUCGUCAGUUGAUCACAUUCCAUUAAAAAAUUUUCUAAAAAAGAUAAAAAUUCUUCCGUGAGUUCUUCCGCUCAACUCUGAUAAGAUCGCCUGAAUGUACAAUAUCCGUUCGCUGUUUGCAGAUUGUUUUUCUCGAAACCGACUCGCCCAUCCAAAUCUACCUGAAAAUGUGGCGGCACCGAACGGAGCAGCUCGUCGAGCACAUCCUCCACGACACCACCCUCAAUCCGGUCCAUUCGAAGAUCUUCCAGUCGACUGCCCACUACAACACUUUUCAUAAUUCGCUGAGUAAGAAGAAGACCUACAAUAUUGUUUGACGAGACACGCGGGACCGCCCAAUUUGCAGCCCUGGUGAUGCCGUACCUGACCUAUCCGCAUCUGGAUCCUCAAUUCCCGGCCGCGCUAAACUUUGGCUCACUCGGAUACGCAAUUGCUCACGAGAUUGGGCACGCGUUCGACGAGAAAAGUCGGAAAAACGAUGAGAACGGACGGGCGGCGGACUGGUGGGACCGGCAGUCGAACGAAGAGUACGAGCGGAGGGAACGGUGCCUUUUGGAGCAGUACUCGAAUUACCAGGAGCCCGGAUACGAUCAUUUUGUGCGUUUUUUACUGUUUCAUGUUUCAAAAGCUUGUGCUCGUUAUUUUCCGGACGUUUCCAGAUGAACGGCACUCGGAUCCGCUGGGAACUGGUCGCCGAUCACUUGGGCACCCAAAUCGCGUACCGAUCGUUCCAAAAAGCGAAAACAUCCGAUAAAUUCCAUCUGCCCGAGGCGCAAAGUUACACGAACGAUCAGCUGUUCUUCUACAAUCAAGCACUCGUGAGUUUGUGAAAGUCGCCCAAUUCGAUCCGUUUUUUUUUUUGCAGAAAAACUGCGACGUGGCGAAUCCGAACUACAAUCUGAGGCACUUUACGCAUCCGACGAGCCGAUACCGCGUAAACGGAAUGAUUCAGAACAUGCCCGAAUUCGCGGAGGCGUUUGAAUGCACGCUCGACUCGCCGAUGAACCCCAAGCACAAAUGUCCAUCGCUUUUCUGA